AUGCUCACAUUCAGCUAAGCUCCGAGAGGGGGAUGGAAGGAACAGGAGGGAGGAGUUAGUCUCAUAUAAAUGCAGGCAUAGUUCCGCCUGCUAGAAAACUCACAGAUUUUCCUCCAGCAGCGAGAGGAGGUGAGAAGUUAACAGGGAGUGCCGCCUGCCCACACAUGAUGUGGCUGACUGUUCUUUACAGUUGUACCGGUGGAGCAGCUCUUUUGUAUGCUCUGUACAGAUGGGUGAUUCCUGCUGCUGUGCAGUAUCAUGGAGGAUUGGCGCUGAUCUGGCAUGAUGUCAUUGUGGAGCGGAUGCUGGACACUCUGACCCAGUCCACACGUCCUCAGCGAAUCCUGGAUGCAGUACAGAAAAACGCCACUAGAGGGGACCCUCGCAGCGUAGUCAAAGCUAUCGAUCAUUUCUGCAGAAACAAGGAGUGGGCUAUGAAUGUGGGGGAUGAGAAAGGGUGUAUUCUUGACUCAGUAGUGUCAGAGGUAAACCCAGCCACUGUGUUGGAGCUGGGAACCUACUGUGGCUACUCCACGGUGCGGAUUGCCAGUCUGCUUCCACCCCACGCCAAGCUCAUCACUCUUGAAUUUAACCCAGACUUUGCUGCAAUUGCUCGUCAAGUCAUUGCUUGGGCAGGAUUAGAGGACAAGGUCCAGUUAGUUGAAGGAGCAUCUGGUGACUGGAUCCCCAAAAUGAAGGAGCAGUUUGGAGUGAAAACAUUUGAUUUGGUUUUCCUGGAUCACUGGAAGAAUAGUUACCUUCCUGACACAAAACUGAUGGAGGAGUGUAGCCUCCUCAGGAAGGGCAGCGUCCUGCUGGCAGACAACGUCAUCUGCCCCGGAGCUCCUGACUACCUGGAAUUUGUCCGGAGCAGCCCACGAUACAAGAGUCAGUACUUCAAAUCUCACCUGGAGUACACCAAAGUGGAGGAUGGCUUGGAGAAGUCUGUCUUCUUAGGGUAGUUUUUAACAAAACACAGGUAGUAAACCCUUUGACCUCUGUUGUCUUGGGUUCAUUGAACAGACCUAAAAUCAGAAUUUUUUUAAUAUAUCAUUGAGUAUAUUAACUUGAAAUUAAAAGUAACCUGUGAAGGAA